UGUAAAAUAAAUUGUGUGAAAAAAUUAAAAAACUUUUUGCGAAAGAGAAAAAUUAAAAACAAGAUUUCUAAAUAAGAUUUUUUUUUCAAAUUUCAUACAAUUUGUGUACUUUGUGUAAAAUAUAAAAAAAAAAAAGAAUUUUAUGAAAUUCAAAUGUAAGCUUUUCAUAUUUUAAGAAAAUUUGGGGUUGGUAUGGGUUUGAAAUUUGGUGUUCUUUUUUUAGUUCUUAAAUAAAUCAGAAAAUUUUAAACGUACUUAAACCAUUAUUUUUGAGGUGAUGGUGGUGAUAUACUUAAGAUUGAAGACAAAGAAAAAUUAUAAAAAAUUUCCCACUAUACAUACAUAUUUUAAUUUUUAGGGUUGCAUAAUAAAUAUUAUGUAAAUUUUAGCUAUUUAUGUGUACAUAAACGAAAUAUAACCAUUCCAGUACAUUUUAGUAUAUUUAUGAAAAAAACAAUUAAUUAAUUCUUAUUUAAUAACUUUUAAUUUAAAAUAAAACAAAAAAAUGCUUAUUUUUAUAAAAUUUAAUAAUAUGAUGUAGUUAUUUAUAAAAAUUUUUUAUAUUAUGUAUAAUAAAACAAAGUUUAAAUAUGCUGUAUUUAAUUAAAUGCACAUGAAUAAAGAUAGAUUCCACAUAAGUAAUUAAUAAAAAUCUUAUAAUAUUUAAGUGUAAUACGGAAAAAUAGAAAAAUUUCGUAAAUAUAUAGAAAAAAAUUUGUAUAGACAAUAUUAAUACUUAAUUAUGCAAAAAGUUAAAAUAUGAACUGAAUCUUAAAUUAAGAACCUUUAAUUGCAAUAAGAUAAAAUGCCUCGGAGUGUAUCCUUCAGUUUUAGAAAUGAUGAAAUUAAUAAAGAAAAUACAAAUAGACUUUCAUUUAAAAAAAAAUAAAAAUAUAAAAUUAUGUCAAGCACAAAAAAAAUGUUAAACAUUAAGUAAAAAAAAAAGACAAGUUAAAAAAACUACUAAUUAAAAAAUAAAAAAUAAAAUACAAAAACAAAUAAAAAAAGAACUAAAUAUGUCCGUCCUUAGAAUAUUAUACAGAUUAAUGGCAAUAACUUCAUUGCUUUUAGAUGUUGUACCGAAUACAAUUCAACAAAAAACAAAACAUCCUAUAAAUGGCCUAUCAGAUAUUGUUGCACAAUUUACAAUUCCAACAAUUAAUAAUAAUGCUGUAAAUAUUCCUGGUUCUACAUCUGGUGGUAACAGUAUUAAUGGUGGUAUUAAUAAUAAUAUUGGUUAUUUUACACAUUUAGCAUAUGAUAGAAAACGUGGAUUUUUUUAUGCUGGUGCUACAAAUAAAAUAUUUCAAUUAAAUGAUAAUUUAAAUGUAUUAUCACAAGCUAUUACUGGACCAAAACAUGAUUCACCACAAUGUCAUACAGGUGGUUGUCCAGAUGAUGCUGAAACAAUAUUAACAAAUAAUCAUAAUAAAAUUUUAAUUGUUAAUUAUAUUGGUGAUACAUUAAUUGUAUGCGGUAGUAUUAGACAGGGUGCUUGUGAAAUAUAUGAUUUAUAUAAAUUUCCAGAAUCACCACAGUAUAUUGGUAUAACAUUGGCAGCAAAUGAUGAAUAUUCAUCAACUUAUGCAUUCAUUGGUCCAUCACAAUAUCAUUCAUGGCAAAAAGAUGACAUAUUGUAUGUUGGUACAACAUUUACAAAUGUUGGUGAUUAUCGCCAUGAUGUACCAGCAAUAUCAUCACGUAAAUUAGAUGAUUUAAAUUAUGCUGAAUUUUCAAUACAACAGUCAAUUAUUAAUAUUGAUGUUAAAUAUCGUGAUCAUUUUUUAGUUGAUUAUAUAUAUGGCUUUAAUUCAUCUGAAUAUGCAUAUUUUGCUAUUGUACAAAAGAAAUCACAUUUAGCUGAAGAAGCUGGUUUUAUAACACGUUUAGCUAGAAUAUGUAUAACCGAUUCAAAUUACGAUAGUUACACUGAAAUAACAAUACAAUGUCAGGCAACUCAUUCAAAUAUUGACUAUAAUAUAUUGCGUGAUGCUAAAAUAACAGUAGCAGGACAAAAAUUGGCGCAACAAUUAGGUAUAAAAAAAGAUGAUCAUGUUUUGGUAACAAUAUUUUCACCAUCAAAAGAAAUAACAAACCAACCUGAAUCAAAAUCAGCUAUGUGUAUAUAUAGUUUAAAAGAAAUUGAAGAAAUUUUUAUUGAAAAUAUACAUAUGUGUUUUAAUGGCACAAUUAAAGAUAGGAAUUUGGGUUACAUAAGCGGUACAAUAAAUGAUGGAAGAUGUCCAGUUGUUGGUAGUAUUGGAAAUGUUUAUAAUUUUUGUACUGUUGGCUUAAAAAUUAGUGGAGUAUCACCAAUCACUGCACAUGCGCUAUUUCAUUUUGAAAAUGAAUCAAUAACAUCUGUAACGGCAACAACAACUGGUCCUCAUUCAUUAGCAUUCCUUGGUACAGAAUCAGGUAAAAUAAAAAAAGUUCUAAUAUCGGGACAAAUGCCUGGUCAAUAUGAGGAAGUUCUGGUUGAUCCCGGUAAUGAAAUUUUACCAGAUACAAUGAUGUCACCAAAAAAAGAUUUCUUAUAUGUUUUAUCACGUAAAAAAAUAACGAAACUGCGUGUUGAACACUGUUCAAUUUAUACAAAUUGUUCAUCUUGUUUAGAAUCCAGAGAUCCUUUUUGUGGAUGGUGUUCAUUAGAAAAACGCUGCACAGUAAGAAAUGCUUGCCAAAAAGAUACAAGUGCAGCAAGAUGGCUAUCAUUAGGUAGUGGGCAGCAGUGUAUUGAUUUUGAAUCAAUUAUUCCGGAUAAAAUUCCUUUAACAGAACUGACUCAAGUUCAACUAAUAAUUAGAACUUUACCAGAACCAUUGAAUGCUAAAUAUCGUUGUGUAUUUGGUAAUUCGACCCCAAUUGAUGCUGAAGUGAUUGAAAAUGGUUUAUCAUGCUCUACUCCGCCAAUUAAUCAACGCCCUUAUAUUGAUUUAGAUCAAGAUCAUGUUUUAGUUCCAUUAUCAGUACGUAGUUCUGAAACAAAUAAAGAUUUUGUAUCAAGAUCAUUUGCAUUUUAUGAUUGUUCCCGUCACAAUACAUGCCGUAAAUGUGUACAAUCACAGUGGGAUUGCAAUUGGUGUAUAUUCGACAAUAAAUGUGUACAUAAACAGGAGCAAUGUCGAAAUAUGGAGAAUGUCAUAUUAAAUGAAGAAAUAUGUCCCCAUAUCAAAUCACCAUCACAACCAAUUUUGCUACCAGUUAAAGUUCCGAAAGAAAUACGUUUAGACGUCAUUAAUUUACCAAAACCUAAAUCUGCGCAUAGCGGAUUUUUAUGUACAGUUCAUAUCGAGGGUGCACAUAUGUUACUACCAGCUCGUGUGGAAAAUCAAAAAACUAUUGUGUGCGAAAAAACAGAGUAUUUUUAUGAAAAUAAAACUAAUGAAUAUGUUGCGAAGGUUGAUGUUACUUGGAAUCGACAACACUAUAUUGAUACGGCUGAAAUCAUUUUGUAUAAAUGUGAUCAGUUAGGUUCGCAUCGUGAACAUGCUGAUUGUAGUUUAUGUGUAACUCGUGAUGCAAAGUAUCAAUGCUCAUGGUGUGGCACUCAAUGUAAAUAUAACGAAUCAUGUUCCUUAGCUGAUAGAAAAAAUGAAUGUCCAAAACCACGUAUUGAUAUGAUAAAACCUUUGACUGGACCUAUUGAAGGUGGUACAUUACUAACAGUAGAAGGUAGUAAUUUAGGUAUACGGGAAGAAGAUGUUCGUGGUAAAAUAUCAAUUGGUAAUAUACCCUGUGAGUUAGAAAACUACGAAAUAUCAGUUAAAAUUCAAUGUCGUACUGGAGCUGUCGGUCACGAAUUAACAGCCCCAAUAAAAGUUAUUAAUGAAGCUGGUUAUACAGAGUCUAGUGUACAUUUUCAAUUUAAGGAUAUUAAAUUAGAAGGAUUAACACCAAAAUUAGGCCCGAAAUCUGGUGGAACCCAUGUUACUUUAUACGGUAAAUAUUUAAAUAUUGGUUCUAAAAUACGUGCAUAUUUAGAUGAUUAUGAAUGUAAUAUAAAUAUUACACAAGCAUCAAAUUCAAGAUUAACAUGUAUAACAUCAGCUGCACGUCAACCAGAAUCUAUUAGAACGUUAACUCUAUCAGUUGAUGGUGCAAAUCGAACCUACAGUUGUACGAAUUUUGAUAAUCAAAAUUUAAACAAUUAUAAUCAAUUUAAUCGAUAUAAUCAAAUUCAACAGCAACCAACAUGCAGUAUUUUUAAUUAUACACAAGAUCCAAGAAUUAUGCAAAUAAAACCAUUAAGAAGUUUCAGCAGUGGUGGUAGAAUGAUUACAAUACAUGGUACAAAUUUUGACUCCAUUCAAAAACCAGAAAUUGAAGUUUAUUAUGAUGAGGAAAAAAUUAAUAAAUCGUUAUGUUUUGUUAUUAAUUCAAAUCAAAUGGAAUGUCCUUCACCACCUGUAAAUCAAAAGUUUUUAAGGUAUAAGAAAAUAAUUGAAAAAUUACAGAUGACAAAUGGUGAUAUAUCAUCUACAUCAGAUAUUUCGUUAACUAGUUUAAAAAAGCGAAGUCUUUCAGCAAAUAAUUAUUAUAAAAAUGAUGGUAAUAAUAAUAAUAAUAGUAAUAGUAUUAAAGAAAAAAAUAGCAUAGGUAUAGCAUCAGUACAGGCAACAUCUAGUGAUACAACAAGUAAUUUUUCGAAUAAUAUAUUUACAACAGUUGGUUAUUUUAAUUCAUUAGUAACACGUUCUCUUUCAACCGUAAUUGGAGGAACACAAAACUCUCCCUCUUCAACUAUUCCAGUGACAUCAAUAAAUAAUGGGCCAAAUGGUAACAGUAUAAUAAUUGGGAACGGAAAUAGUAAUCAUAACAAUAAUAAUAAUAUAGCUGACACAGCUUCAGCAUUGAAAAUACAUGGUACCCAAUUAAUUUUGCAAAUUGGCUUUAAAAUGGAUAAUGUACAAUCUGUGCGUGAUUUAAGCAAACAUUUUCAAAGUAUUCGAAGUACAAUAGUUUAUGUUGAUGAUCCAAAAUAUUUUUCAUUUCCUAAUGGCUUGAAAUUAUACAAAGGUGAUACAUUAGUCAUUGAAGGUGAAUAUUUAAAUGGCGCAUCUGAUGAAACUGAUGUUAAUGUUACAAUUGGACAACAACAAUGUAAUGUUACUAGCUUAGCUUUAACUCAAUUAGUAUGUACACCACCUGAACAACAGCCGUUACCGACAGAUGAGUUCGGUAUUGAAACACAAUUAAAUUUGCCGCUUGUUGUUGUAAGAGUGGGAAAAAAUUUGCGUUUUCCAAUUGGUUACUUAAAAUAUGAUUUAUUAAAACCAUAUAUAUUUUCUCAUGCAAUGUGGGGUAUUGCUUUUGGUAUCUGUAUAAUUGUUAUACUAUUAAUUAUUAUCUUAGUUGUAUAUAGAAGAAAAAGUACACAAGCUGAACGUGAAUAUAAACGUAUACAAAUACAAAUGGAUACAUUAGAAAGUAAUGUUAGAUUAGAAUGCAAACAAGCCUUUGCUGAAUUACAAACCGAUAUGACUGAUUUAACUGCCGAUUUAGAAAGUACUGGAAUACCAACAUUAGAUCAUGUUAAUUACAUAAUGAAAGUGUUCUUUCCUGGUGUUUCGGAUCAUCCAGUGUUAAAUUCACCUAAAUUACGUUUAAAUACACCAAGAACAAAUUAUGAUACAGCAAUGAUUCAAUUUGAGCUAUUAAUAAGCAAUAAGUACUUUGUGCUAGCUUUUAUAGAAACUUUAGAAGCACAAAAAUCAUUUAACAUACGUGACAAAGUAAAUGUAGCAUCACUUUUAAUGAUAGUUCUUAUGAAUAAAAUGGAAUACGCAACUGAAAUAUUAAAAUGUUUAUUACUCCGUCUAAUUGACAAAUCUGUGAUGACAAAACAUCCCCAACUAAUGUUACGUCGCACCGAAAGUGUUGUUGAGAAAAUGCUUACAAAUUACAUGGCAAUAUGCAUGUACGAUUAUUUGAAAGAAUAUGCUGGUUCAUCUUUAUUCUUGCUAUUUAAAGCUAUUAAACAUCAAAUUGAAAAAGGAUUAGUUGAUGCUGUUACAAAUGACGCAAGAUAUUCAUUGUCUGAAGAACGUUUAUUGCGUGAGCAAAUUGAGCAUUCAGUUGUAACAUUACAUAUUGUACAAGAUGAUUUAGAUGAAAAAGUACAAUGUAAAGUAUUGGAUUGGGAUACAAUAUCCCAAGUAAAAUCAAAAAUUUUAGAUGCAUUAUUUAAAAACACACCAUUUUCAAUGCGUCCAUCUAUUCACGAAGUUGAUUUGGAAUGGCGACAUGGUAGGGGUGGUCAUUUAACAUUACAAGAUGAAGAUUUAACAACAAAAACAAUUAAUGGUUGGAAACGUUUAAAUACAUUAGCUCAUUAUGGCGUUAAGGAGUCAGCUGUGAUGUCAUUAAUUGCAAGACAAAAUGAUAGUUAUAAUAUUACAUAUGGUAAACAUCAACCUUAUCAUAAUAAUUUUUAUUACAUCAAUAAUUCACAAUCACACAUAAUUAUAAACGGUGACUUAGAAUCUGGUUUACAACAACCAAGAAUAUUUCAUUUAGUAAAACCAAUGGUAGCUGAUCAUCAUAUGAAUUUGAAAAAUUCAGCUGUAUCAGCUCAAACAACAUCAACAGAACGUACACAUAAAGCUAUACCAGAAAUAUUUUUAACACGUUUAUUAGCAACUAAGGGUACAAUACAAAAAUUUGUUGAUGAUUUUUUUGCAACAAUAUUAACAGUUAAUGAAGAAUUGCCACCGGCUGUUAAAUGGUUAUUUGAUUUAUUAGAUGAAGCAGCUAAACGACAUGGUAUUAAUGAUCAAGAAAUUGUUCAUGCAUGGAAAUCGAAUAGUCUUCCUUUACGUUUUUGGGUUAAUUUCAUUAAAAAUCCAGAUUUCAUAUUUGAUAUAAACAAAACGACAACAGUCGAUGCCUGCCUUAGCGUAAUAGCGCAAACAUUUAUGGAUGCUUGUUCAACAACCGAACAUCGGUUAGGGAAAGAUUCGCCAUCGAAUAAAUUAUUAUUUGCAAAAGAUAUUCCACAAUAUAGAGAAAUGGUAAAACAAUUUUAUAGUGAAGUGGCAAAUUUACCACAAAUUAGCGAUCAAGAAAUGGGGACAGCAAUGCAACAAUUAUCUGUACAACAAAAUGAAGAAUUCGAUACGAUAGCAGCAUUAAAAGAAUUAUAUAUUUAUGUUACAAAAUAUAGAGAUCAGAUUAUGAAUACACUAGAGGUAGAUCAAAACUGCAAAAAAAUGCAUUUAGCUCAUAAGUUAGAAAAUGUUGCAUGCACAUUAGAUGGAGAAGAAACUUCAGCCUGCUGACAUCAAGAUUUAAUUAAAAUGUUCUACUCAAAUGAUUACAUUAAUAAAGACUAUCAUUUAUUUAGUAAAACCGAUAACACAAAUAAUAUGAAUUUUAAUAGUAAUUAUAAAAUUUCGGAUGACAAAAUAGUUAUCUCAAAUUUGCCAUUGACGUCGUCAACGACUGAUUUACAACGCUUGUUGGUGAAAUACUAAAAUUAAAAAUAAAAAAAUAAGUAAAAAAAAAAUGAAAAAUGAAAAAGGAAAGUGAAUACGCCAAAAAAAAAAUUAUUGAAAAAAUUUUAAUUUUAAUUAUAAAAAGUGCUAAUAAGAAUUUCAUCUAUGUAACGUUAUAAUUAUAAGAGAUACGCAAAAAAAAUGAAAGAUCAAAAUAGAUGAUUUUUCAAUUUUAACAAAAAUUAAAUUUUCUCAAAGAACUCUCUCCUCUUCUUUCCCCUUCAGCGGUUCAACUAGUAGGGCUUAUUAAUUAAUAUAAAAUUACUACAUUAGUUAAAAAUAAAAUAAUUUAUUAGCUAAAAUUAACUAAUUAGUUGAAGUUCAUUGAAAUCAUUUAAGUUAAACAAAAAAAAUAGUAAGCACAAUUAAUUUUUGCAAAACUUUAUUAGUGUUAAUUUAAUUAUUACCGGGCCUGGUUUGUGUAAUACAUUGUAAUUAUUUAUAAUUUGGGCCCUAAAAGCCAUAUUUUUAAUAUUUAUUUAUUAUUAUUGAAUAUAGGAAUUCUGUAGGAAUGUUGUUUUUAAUUUUGCCAUUAAUUGUAAAAUAUUAAUGUAGAUUUUUUAUAAUGCCUUAAACAAUAUUGUCUAAAUUGAAUACUUAUCAAACACAAACUACACUCUUAUUUUGUUGACAGAUAUUCGUAUUAGAAUGAUAAUAAGAAUAUUAUUCAAAAACUCUAGUAAUUUUCUUCGAAAAAACAUUCACCCUUCAUUUUUGUAGUGAAAUACUUUGUAAUAUUUUGCAUAAUCUUAAAGGAUAUUUGUGAAUGAUUAUUACAUGAAAAUGUGCUUAUUGAAGAUACAUAGUUAGGAUUUUUCCUAUUUGGUUGAUAUUGAUUAUUGAGUUCAGACACCAGUUGAACUAAAGGGGUUGAACAGUAUUACCAAAAAAAACUCUCCACCCUAUUAAAAUUCUUAAACGUUAACUACGAAAAAAAAACAAAAGUAAAACAUUUAUUUGAAAAAAAAAGAAAAAAAAACGAAAAAAAACUUGUGUGAACUUAUAAAAAAUUUUUUUUAUCUAUGCUAUAUGCUUAUCUAAUUAUUUUAUUUUAAAAAAAUAUGUUAAUUUAAUUCUAGUAUACUUUGAUAAAAUUAAAUAACACUUAUCUUUUAUGCUUUAAGAAAACUUUUGUUGAAAUAAGAGUUUUAAAAUCUAAACGGAAUCAGAAAGAAAAAGCAAAAUACAAGUGACUCUACAAGGCGGCAAAAAAUAAAUCAAAAUAGCAUUCGAGGAAAAAUUUUUAAGAGAUUUCGAUAGACCAAAAUCGAAAAUUUUAAUAUAGAAUAACAGCUGCUGUAAAUUUUUAAAAACAAUAAUCUGUAGAUAGGCUAAUAUAGAUUUUUCUGCCUAACAAGUGUGCUGUUUGUUAUUCGCACAACAAAAAAAAAAAGAAAAAUUGAAACUCUUGGGUGCUCUUUCAUAUAAAACUUUAAACAAUAUUAUCCAGAAACUAUAUUAAAAUUAAAUAUAAUUGUAAAAAUUUCACACACAAAACUAGUUUACAUGGAAAAAUAACUAUAUACUAAUCGAACAAAAAAUUUUUUUGUAAAAGGAACUGUAAAUUCUAUUUAGUGCAUUACUAUUUGUAUUUUAUCAUUUUUUUUUUAUUAAUUUUGUAAUCUUUCUAAUCAGUAUUAUACACAAAAAGAAAAAAGGAAAAAUUAAAUUUCAAUAAUUACUCCAUUUUCAAAGACUGCAAAAUACUACAUCGUUUUUUUAAAUUGAAUAAUUUUCAAAACAAGGAGAGUGCUUAUUCAUAAGUUUUUUUUACAUUAAAAAAAAUAUUUUAAUUGUACUGGCAAUAAAACACUCACCACAACUUCACAAAUUGCAAUAAUACUACGUACAACAUAUUUCAGCAAUUAUAAUCUAUGAAGCUGAAUUGUGUAUGUGAAUUGUAUUCAAUACUUUUAAUGCUAUUUGAAGCCAUGGUUAUACUAUAUUAUCAAAAUAUACUGCUAAUUAUAUAAUAUAUUUAUGUAGAGAAUUAAAGUUUUAAGAAACCAUAUUUUUUUAAAAUAUUACAAUACAAAAAAAUACUCAUUUUGUAAAACUGAAUUAAAUUAAU